CUAGAAGUGGGAUCUACGGCACCUGGGCACUUCCAAUGCAAUUAUCGAUUCAACCGUCAGCCCCACCAAAAAAAGUUCAUAGGAACGACUCGGCUAUCACGAUAAGAUCACUAGCAGAUUUUCAAGCCCCGUGGAAUCUAUUGGCGAGUGUUCAGUCUCAUGAGAGUUUGUUGUUCUAACAUCGUAGCUCCCUGUCCCGGAGUCCCAUUGCAUGAUAGGAGACAGUGCUCCUCGCGAGGAAGAAACGUUGGCUGUUUGAGCAGCACCGAGUCCCAUCUUUGGCGCGGGCCCGAAUUCAAAGCAUAUCAGGUCGGUCGGUCAAUCAAUCAAUCUGUGCUCUGCGGAUCAUUGGAGCCAGCAAAUCCAUCGUCCGCGCUCUUCCAUUGGAAGACAGGCGAGUGGACACUGCAACUUGCACUCUCUUGCAUUCUUGCUUGCAUCCUAAUAUCACCAUCCCCCUUCCAUCCUUCUUGCUUGGAUUCUCAACAUGUCCUCCUCCACCGAUGGCCGAGUUCCAGCCUGGAAGCGAUUGGGCCUCAAGCUCAAAGCUGCUCCCGAUAGCCAAACCGAGAGCGCUCCCUCGCGAGCACUUGCUGCCCCAUCCCCUCUCGCCAACGGCAUAAGCGCGGCUGGCAAACGCAAGUCUUUUGGCGCCUCCGAGCCAGACCAUUCUGCAAAGAAGCCGCGGAGGGACAACAUCUCUACCCCUUCCAAGUCCAAUACCCCCAAGGCUGUCUCCUUUGCUGCCGAACCCGAAGUCCGGACCUUCACUACGCCUACAGCUAAAGAGAAGAAGCCUCCGAAGAAGGAGAAGCAAAAGCCCGCCAAGCCAGCUCAGCAGACUCCCAGGGGAACACAACCCAACAACGCCGUGAAACCUUUGGCCAAGAAGGAGAACGCCGUCGCGAACCUGCAGUCCGCUCUAGAGUACUUGCGGCAGUGGCAUUCUGCGCGAGACUCUUGGAAGUUCAACAAGAAUCACCAGACAAGGUUACUCGAGUACGUCUUCUCCGACGAAACGACCAUACCAGCUGUCGAUAUCGAUAUCUUCUUCAAAUACAUCAGCCCCCUCAAGGGUUUUGUUCGGAAGCGGUUGCGUGAGACCGCGGUCGAGGUCAAGAACAAGGAUAUGGAUCAAGGCGCCGAGGGCUUCUCGUCCUCCAACAAGCAAGCCGCCGUGAGGAAGCAAAAGGAGUAUGAGGAGAUCAUCGCAGGCUUUCUCAAGGAGGGGACGUCGCCCGGAAAGAGGCGCUUCGAAGAGGUGGACUAUGUUCUGCGGACAACGGACAUGGAGAUGCAACGGCGUGUAGUGAAGCGAAUGCGUGCGGAAAUGGUUCUUGACGAACUUUCAGGCAGCGAAGAUUCUGAAACGUCCACCAGCACGGCAACAGUAACUGACGCAGAGUCAGAAGACACAGCCGGAGAAGCCUCCAAAGAGAGUGGGUCAGGUGCCCCGGACGGUGACAAGAGAGCCAAACUCAACGACGGCACCCAACGCAGGAUAAGAAGGAAGAAGGUGCGAACAGCUGAGGUGGAGGACACCAGCAGCUCAUCAGACAAUGAUUCGGACUCGGACUCGGACUCGGACACGAGCAGCAGUGGCAGCGACUCAUCGGACGACUCAGACUCAGAUGUUGUCAUGGAGGUUGAUCAAACACGGAACGAGGCAGAGACAUCGUCAAGUAGUAGCUCAUCUUCGUCAUCCGAGGCAGAAUCAGACGAUGAUUCCAGCGAUCAAGACGAAUCAUAGUACUUCAGCAGGAAACGUCGAUUUCGUGAUAGCUACUUAGUAAGGAUGCUCAAGUAGCUAUAUCAAUAAUUGUUCGAAUUCCCUGAUGUACAACAGCAGACAGUUUCAAAUGAGCAUACAAUCCUCAGACGGCUUGAAGUCUUCCUAUUUUCAGUGUGAAGCGUCAGAUAUUGCAUCCGGUAAAUUUUAAUUUUCAGGUUUCGGGAGGGGGGGGUUUUUUUUUAAAAUCUUUUUUUUUUUUUUUUUUAAAUCA